AUGAAAUAUUUAUUUUUUCAGUAGAUAAAUCUAAUUCACUUAAAAUAUUAAAUUUAUGAUAAUACUCAAUAUCUAGUUUAAAAGAUGAUAAAAACUUUUAUAUAUAUAAAAAUACAUGAUAAUUCAGAUCAUCCUUAGCUAAUACUAUUUUGUAAAAGUCAUUAAGAUGUUCAGCUUGACCUUCAAAUCUAUAAUUAAAUUAAAUGUAAGAUUGUAAGGUUUUAUCUUCAACCAGGUGUGUCCUUAUCGUAAUAAGACACAGUUAAAUAUAAAUAUGAAGGUGAUAAAAAAAGAGAAGGACAACCUGGAGGUAUUUUAAUUGGAAUUCAUAAGUAGUUCCAUUUUAGAGAUAUAACAAAUUUUUUCAUCGAUGGAGAAACUAAUGAUCAAUAUGCAUCUGGUCUUCUGAUUAUCCACAUUGUGAAUCAAAUCGUAUAACUGAUUUAUUCAAAAAUUAGAAGGAUAAUGAAAUUUUUAAUUUGUAUUUAGAAAGUUUGGAAACCAAAAUUUUUAAAAGGGUUAAUGAUAAUGAAAAUACUCUUUGAUUUUCUUAAUUGCUUAGAAUUUUAUUUACAAGAAAAAUUAGAUUAAGAAGGAAGUAUUUCAAACAUCCAAGUUGAUUAAGAUUUUCUAAUUCAAUAAAUAAAAUAAAUAUACUUAGAGGAUGGCAGUGAAAUAGAUUAUGUGGAAGAAUCAAAAGAAUAAUUCAAGGUUCCACUUUACAAAUAAAGAAGAAUGGAAAAUUAAAUAGGGUCUAGUUUUUACUAUAAUUUAGAUUUCAUCCAAUUGUUUUUCAGAUAAUCUUGCUUCUUUUUGUUAGAAAGCUCUAAUCUAAUUGUGAGUUCAAGAAAAAGAUAUAAGAGUUCGAAACCUUUUAAAAAAUUAAAAAUUGAUUGGUAGUCUUAACAUGAUAGAAUUGCAGGGAAAAUGUAGGAAAUGUUGAGCAGAAUUGAUGAAUUGUAAGAAUAAAUUUCUCAUGAGGCUAAUCUUAAUAAGCGAGAUAUAUAUCUGAAAGAACUUGAUGAGACCACAUAAGCAAUUAGAUCAAUAAAUUGA